AUGGCGCAGGGGAGCGAGCGAGAGAGCAGAGGGGAGGGGAGAGACGUGAUCAUCAUUGUCCCUGGAUUCCUCAUGGACUGCAGGGACUUCGAGCCCAUGGCAAGACACUUCAGGGAGGACGGCUGGCCCGCUGCUGUGGUCCCAAUGAAGUGGUGGGAAUGGAUACCUUGCUUGGGAGGGAGGAGCGCCCGUCCUGUCCUGGAGAGGAUAGACUAUACAGUUCGGAGGGCUCUAGAAGGCUCUCCUGCUCCUCAGUCAGCCUCCAAAGUUAUCCUAGUCGCUCACAGCGCGGCAGGAUGGAUAUCCCGCAUCUUCCUGUCCGUGCGGCAGUACGGAGGGCGAGCGUACGCCGGCAGCCGCUUCGUGCGCACGCUGAUCACGCUGGGGACGCCGCAUGGAGACUCGGAGGGGAUCGCGUUUGAGAACGUCAAGUGGGCGAACAGGGAAGGAGCCCCUGACGGCGUUCGAUGCGUUGCUGUCGGGGGGACAGGGACGUUGGGAGCGUCCAACGACUUCACUAGGAAUGCUUAUACUUUCUGCGGCUUCCCCGAGGAGGAGGUUGUGGAGCUCGACGGGGACGGUGUAACCCCAUUGCACUCCUCGCUGAGCUUCGAGGGGUCGGAGAAAAUAGUGCUAGAGGACACUACGCAUGCUCCGAGCUAUCCCGCUGCCAUCGCUCCUGAGCUACACAGGGAGCUGAAGGAGGGGAAGAGAUGGUAUGGGUCGCAAGGAAGGGUUGAUACCAUCAUCAGAGCGUUGGAGCAGCGAGUUGAAUGA